GCCUGCAGGGGCAGUAGCGCGGCCAGCAGCGUCUGAACCGGGACCGGGAGAAGAAAAGGGAGAAGGUAGGGACCACCCGAGCUGCUGCGCAUGCGCUGAUUGAGCCAGGUUUUCCGUGUGUGACGUCAUCGGCCUCUCCUCGGUGUUCUUCCUAGAUGAGGAGAACCAGGAUGUGACUGGAGCCGCUCGGCUAACGACAGAGACUCACCAGAACACCGAGGGGUUUUUAUGGAAACGGCCGCGGAGAGUGAACUCACAGCGGUCAGCAGAGAGUCCUGAGCCCCUCACCGUCCUCCGGAGCCCGCUACAACAGACACACAAACCGCGGUGAGUCACCUGUCCCGCCCCCUCCUGCAGGUUUCUGGCGGGCUGCUGAACGAGGUCGGCGGGAUGAGCGGGGCCGCUCUGGGCAUCGAGAUCGUGGUGGUAUUCUUCCUGGCGCUCUUCCUGCUGCACAGAUAUGGAGACUUCAGGAAGCAGCAGCGCAUGGUGCUGUUCGGCACGCUGCUGGCCUGGUACCUGUGCUUCCUCAUCGUCUUCAUCUUACCUCUGGACGUCAGCACGACCAUCUACAAACAGUGUAAGAUAGACCAUGAGAAGCACAAGUCUCCUCCCACCGCCGGCCCGAUACCGUCCAAUCACACCACGGCAAACACAUCUGCCACACCCACCCAGAGCCCCCCUCAGCCGUGCUACAGGCCGUGGAGCUACAUCCCUGACGGCAUCAUGCCUGUGUUCUGGAGAGUGGUGUACUGGACGUCUCAGUGUCUCACCUGGCUGCUGCUGCCCUUCAUGCAGUCGUACGCUCGCUCCGGAGGAUUCUCCAUCACGGGGAAGAUUAAAACCGCCCUGAUAGAAAACGCCAUUUAUUACGGGACCUACCUGCUCAUCUUCGGCUCCCUGCUCAUCUACGUGGCCGUCCAUCCUGAGUGGCACCUGUCCUGGUACGAGCUCCAGACCAUCGGGAUCACGGCGGCGAACACCUGGGGCCUCUUCCUGCUGGUGCUGUUGCUAGGUUACGGCCUGGUGGAGAUCCCUCGCUCCUACUGGAACGCCUCGCGACACGGACACCUGCUCAUCAAGACUUACUUCAAGGCGUCCAAGCUGAUGACGGAGAAGGCGGACGCAGAGGAGAACCUGGAGGACGUCAUGGAGGAGGUGAGAAAGGUCAGCGAGUCCAUCAAGUACAACCAUCCGCUGAGGAAGUACAUCGACACCAUCCUCAGGAAGUGCCCUCUGGACUACCAGGAGAAGAUGGGCAGGAACAUGGACGACUACGAGGACUUUGAUGACAAACAGAACACGUAUCCCAGUGAGAAGAGCCUGGUGAAGCUCCACAAACAGGUGAUCUAUGCGGUCCAGAGACACAACAGGACUCGUGUGCAGUGGCAGAUCCUGCUGCAGCAGGCCAUCCACCUGGAGGACGUGGCCAAGAACGAGACCAGUUCAACCCACCAGUUCGUCCACAGCUUCCAGUCCUCGGAGCCCGCCGGCUGGUUCAGCAGAUACGUGUACACCCCGACUGUAGAGUGGUACUGGGAGUGUCUCCUGAAGCGCUGGUUCUACCGGCUGCUGUCCGUGGUCCUGACCCUGUUCAGCGUGGCCGUGGUCUGGUCCGAGUGCACCUUCUUCAGCACGCGGCCCGUCCUCUCUCUGUUCGCCGUGUUCAUCCAGCUGGCCGAAAGAGACUACAACUACCUGUACAUCGAGAUGGCGUGCUUCAUCACGAUCUUCUUCCUGUGUACCUGCGUCUACUCCACCGUGUUCCGCAUCCGGGUCUUCAACUACUACUACCUGGCCUCCCAUCACCAGACCGACGCUUACAGCCUCCAGUUCAGCGGCAUGCUGUUCUGUCGUCUGACUCCUCCUCUGUGUCUCAACUUCCUGGGUUUGAUCCACAUGGACUCGGCCAUCUCCCACCAGAAGAAGGAGCCGACCGCCUACACCUCAAUCAUGGGAUCGAUGCGCGUUCUGUCCUUCAUCGCCAACGGCUUCUACAUCUACUACCCCAUGCUGAUCGUCAUCCUCUGCAUCGCCACCUACUUCAGUCUGGGGACUCGCUGUCUGAACCUUCUGGGCUUCCAGCAGUUCAUGGGCGACAGUGAGAUGACCUCUGACCUGAUCGAUGAGGGGAAGGAGCUGAUCCGACGAGAGAAGAGGAAGAGGCAGAGGAUUGAAGAUGGAGAGAACAGACGGAGGGAGUGGAAGGAGCGCUACGGAAACCCGAGGGAGGACUACGCUGCCAGGAACCGGAGCAGCCACGAGAUGAAGGAGACCAGUUACUCCGACGCCGUCACCUCCUCCAGCGGCGGCAGACAGGCGAAAUAUUCCCGCUCCGGGAGUCGAGCCGAGAGAGACUGCAUCGAGCUGCUGCAGGACGCCGAGCCUCUAGACUUCAACGCCGACUCUCUGACUGACGACCCUCUGGACACAGAGUCCGGCAGACACGCAGGAGGACGGUAUCUGUCCAUGUCGUCGUCUCGCAGCAGGAUAUUCGACGACGUCUGACGAGGUGAAGAAACCUGAAGGAGAACAUCAACAUCACUGUCUCCUCAUCCACCUGCAGGGAGUGAAUGUACCUCACCACCUCCACCUCACGGCUCACCGCCCGCCUCCUCGUCUCCCAGCAUGCAUGGUAACCAAGACACAGGUCACACCUGUCACCUGGAGAUAUUUUCAUAAACACUGCGGCAGUUUUCAUGUCACUGAAGACACUUGAAGGAAAGUUAAUGUGAUUAAAGUGACAGAUGUUAGUCUUGACUCCUGCUGAAGUUACUGAGCUGCAUGUCAUGAUGGCAGGAUGCGCCCUCUAACUGUCUGAGCAUGUACGACUGUGAAUCUGCAGCGGCUGCAUGUCCAACACCACACGUCACUUUACUGAGAGGCGUCAUGAAGGUCCAUGUGUCUGUUUUAUUUAUGUUUUUAUUGUUAUGGAUUUAUUUAAGAGAUGAACCGAUGAUUCAGUCACUGAUAAACUGAUACAUGAUGAUGAUGCUGAUGAUGAUGAUGAUGAUGAUGAGUCCGACUUCACCUUCACUGACAUAAGAAGGUGAAUCCUUGAAAUGAAAACAGUGUAAUCUGACCAGGUGAGUGCACAGGUGAUGUGAAGGUGAUUAGACAUCAUGCUGUUUUAUUGUUACCUGAUUCACUGAAAAACUUUCUGUCAAACUUUCACCUUUAAAGUGAAAGUGGCAGAUUUUCAUUGACAUUUUAUUUACAUUUUCAUUUUGUUAAUCCACAGUUUAAAUCAAGUUGUUAAUUAAUACACAGGAAAGAGAAGUGACCUUUAAAGGACCGUGCCUGUGAUUGGUUCUCAUGUAUUAGAUCUUAGAACGCGUCUGUGUUACCGUCCAGGCAGCCAUUGGUUCCCAUGUAUUUUACUACAGUAGGAGGUUCAAUGUAAAACAACGGUACCAGUUAAAACAGCUUCAUCCAGCUGCUUUUACUUUAUUUUCAUUAAAGUAGAAAAUAUAAAGGAUUGAGAACAGAUCCCUGAGGAACCCCAGAGUAGUUAUAGAGUCUGGGUGUGAAAGUCGGCAGCUGUUUGAUUAAAUAUAAAAUGUAUAAUCUAAUAUGUCAGCUGAUGUGUUUUCAGCUUAAUUUUGAGAAUAAUAAAGAGAUAAUGGAACAGAAUAUUUUAUUUCAUUAUCAGAAGAAAAAACAAAAGGUUGUUUCCUCUAAUUACUAAUAAUGUUUAUUUAUAAAACAAGAUCAUCUGCUCUACUGACACAAUCUACACAUUAACAUAUAAACUGAAAAUAUAAUGGAUCAAGAACAGAACCCUGAGGGACUCCUGGAGUCGGAUUACAGACUGUUGUCUGCCCCCAAGUGGCCAAAAAAACUGUCAUACAUUCAACAGUUAAAAACAGUUGAAACAUUUGAAUUAAAACCUUAAAAAUGAACAAAUACACAACAAUACAUUAACUUUAGUGUAAUUCGUGUAAUUCAUGGCGUGCCUUUGAACAUGUGAAAUAUUUUGGAUCUGUAGUAGAUGAGCAGGUAAAUACACAGGUGUAGUCCUUUAAACGUCGUUAGCAUUUAGCAUUAGCUCUGGUGUAGAUGAAGAGAUCCUGCUGGCAGGUUCAGGAGGAAACUGAUCUGAGAGCAGUGACUGUUCACCUUCAUCACCUGUUCAGGUGUCGUCAGUGACACUGUACAUAUGUAUCAUAUCUCUUUUGUAUUUAUGGGCCGAUCAACGACGUAGAGAGAAACGUGACUUUGUAUUUAUGGUAUGAUUCCUGUAUCUUCACCUAGUGACCCCCUCCCUCGACAAGCAGCUCCUCCAGUCGAGCUCGUGUCUAAUCAUUCUGAUUAUUCUGGUGAUGAAGUCUUUAUGUUGAAUAUUUAUGAUGAUGUCACUCAUCUUGUUUCUGUAGAGAUCAACUGAUUGACUGUAGUGAGUUAUUGUGGUUUCCUCUGCUGCCAGUGAGUCAGUCAAUAAAGUUAUCACAGUUACA